GAGGAGGAAGUCUCUGAGCGUGUCAGGAUCCCGACGUCGCCCUCUUCGUUAUCGGGCGAGGACACCCUGAUGCGCGACCUUGAAACCUCCGACGCGAUUUCUUGAGGUCCUUCUGUUGUUUGGGUUGAAAUCGACCGCCAUGGCGGCUCCCUUCUUCUCCACCCCCUUCCAGCCCUACGUCUACCAGAGUUCCCAAGCAGCAGUAACAGCUUUUCAGAUACUGGGUGGCGAGUCUCAGAUUGUUCAGAUAAUGUUAAAAGCACAAGAAAAACUUAUCGCAAUGCCUGGUACAGUGUAUUACAUUUCUGGGUCGAUUCAAAUGGACAAUAACUACAUCCCUGAAAAUGAGGCAGGAUUCUGGCAGUGGAUCUUUGGCAAACGUGUGACAAGUGUAGUUAUCUCAAAUUCUGGACCAGAAGAUGGAUUUGUUGGAAUUGCAGCACCAUCUCCUGCAAGGAUACUUCCAAUUGACUUGGCAAAUUUUGGCGGUGAGAUUCUUUGCCAGCCUGAUGCAUUUCUUUGCUCAGUCAAUGAUGUGAGAGUUUCCAGUAGAGUUGAUCAGAGGCCCCGCAACCUUGAGGUUGGUGCAGAGUUGAUCCUCAAACAGAAGCUAGAAGGCCAGGGGUUGGCAUUUCUUCUUGGGUGUGGAUCUGUAGUGCAGAAAAUUCUUGCUCCUGGAGAAGUAUUUAUAGUUGACGCUGCAUGCAUUAUAGCUAUGACAAGCUCUAUCAAUUUUCAACUGAAGUACUCCAGUCCGAUGAGGAGGGUGGUCUUUCGGGGUGAUAACCAAUUGAUGGCCACUCUCUCAGGUCCUGGAGUCGUGUUUAUCCAAAGUUUACCUUUCCGUCGGCUUUCCCAACGUAUCGCAAGAGCUGCCGCCACUCCAAGCUUGAGGGAUAACCCAAAGUUCUUCAUGCAGAUCGCGCUCUUGUUCUUUCUUGCGUAUGUCAUGAUUGUUUCAUCACUGAUUUUGACAGAUGUCUAGUUCCUCCCCUCCAUCUCUCAAAGGUAGUACGAUUCUCCUCUCUCUCUCUCUCUCUCUCUCUCUCUCUCUCUUCAUUAGAUGUAGAGGUUGUUAACUGUAGAAUUUGGAUGCCAAGGCGCUUUACAUUUUACAUGAGAAAUAGUGACAAGAUUCUGAUGAAUUGUUUUCUACAAGGAAGCCUCGUCAAGGCGUGUGCAUAUUUAUAAAGCUCGCCUUUAGAUAUGGAUACAAUAAAAUUGGAAAUUAUGUAGUAUCGUAAACUUUUUGUUGAUCGUUUCAA